UUCUAGCUCACAUGCUCCCCCAUCUGAGACAUUGAGGCUUGAUAGCUCUCCUCAGCAUCUUCUUGCGCCCGUUCUAGUUCCAUGCGCCUCCUUACUCCAGAACAUGACGACACUGCUGCUGCUCUAACUGCACAGCUCCCCUAAAACCUUCCAUGCGCGCCAUCCUCCCCGGCCGCCCCAACGCAGAGCUCGCUGCUGUGACCACCGGGCUCUGGGAGGGAAGGCAGAUUAUCGCGUACAUAUCCGGUAACGCAUUCAUAAUACUCGGCGGCCCGCGUACCGUCAUCCAAACAACCUACCACGAAGAUGAAGCCAUUCUAGUGACCAUCACCCUCGACGAGCCCUCAGGAAAGAUAGCCGUUGCCUCGAAGAAUGCCGCAUACGUGUACAAGCCGUACGGAGUCGAGUUUGGAGCGCCAAAAUGGUCACUACAACACACUCUCACGGUCCCCGAUGCCGAAGACGAGAUUCGGACAUUGUCGUGGGGUGUGGCAGAGGAGCUUCUCGUGGGAAGCUCGUCGCUGGCGCUUUUCUCGACUCACAACGACACCGCGGAACAUCUGUAUAGCACACGCCUGGCAUCGCCCGCCAAAUUCGCCCACUUCUCAUACGAUGCAACUUUCAUCGCUUCCACGUCACAAUACGACCGUCUUGUCAAAAUAUGGCACCGCCUGACGACCGGCAGCGUUCAAGAACGAUUCGAUGUCGCAUACCUUCCCCAUCCCGCGAUCGUCACAGGAUUACAUUGGAGAAGGCCAAGGCAUAAGGAGCAACUUAUUGAGAAUGUGCUCUAUACAAUUUGCGCGGACAACAAGGUCAGGGUGUGGUGUGGAGGAGAUGCUCACCACGGUCCGGGCAUGUUCCAGCUCUGGGCGGAGAUCGACCUGAUGGAGUCUAUCAAACCCCGCGGAGUCCCCGGUCUCGGAUCCACUCGUCGAUACACCUUCUUCAUCGACAGCUCCGACUUUGCAAUUGCGACAGAAAAGGCCGUACAACAAGCAUCUGAGAAAGGAACACAGGAGGAGUCACACGCGCUGGAACACCUCAUUGAAGUCGCAAACAAGACACCAGAAGUCUGUGUAGUUCUUGAUGACAGAGGUAACAUGUCCGCAUGGGGUCUGGAGAGCAUCGACUGCAAGAACAGGAAAGCACCAGAGAUCUUCAACAUCGCGCACGUUGAAGGUCUCCACCUACAUUUCCCCAAGGAUGUGACACCCUUCGAGGACAACGUCCAAUUCUACAGCUUUUGCGGUGAUGCACACGGGAGCUCUUUUACGCUCCUGCUGCAUCAUUUCGACGGCCGGCUGGAGUGGCUGGAGGGUAAAGUCGACCUUCUGUUCGAUCCGACGCCGCUGAAGAUGACCCGGCUGGAGCGGAACACUGUUCUAACAGGACACACGGGUCCUAUCAAAAAGGCAGUACGUACCGCAACUGGAAGAGCUCUGAUAUCAAGAACGGACAACAACGAGGGCGUGGUUUGGAAGCAAGAGUAUACGAAAGCGGGUGCCAAUGUGCUGGCCAGACAUAGUGUGGUAAAUGUCAACGAGCACAUUCAUCGCACUGCAAUUGUCCAAGAAGGAGAUUUUGUCGUCUUCCUACACCAUCAAAGCAUUACACUCUGGGAUGCUCGCGGCCCAAGGGCCAAGGAAGUCGCUCGGUGCCCUUACGCACUCCAAGGCAAGCCACUGUGCCUUAUUCUCAUACCGGAAGUGGAAGCGGAUGCGGGAUGCAUACAUCUUGCAACGAUCUCCUCGGAAAUGAAAGGUCUUGCUUGGGAAGUCCGCCUGCCGCCUAAAAUCGCGGCAGCUAGUAGGCGCAACAGCCUUCCGGCUGGCCGAGGAUCAUCCGUAAAUGUCGAGGGAAACAUUUCACUGGAGGAGCUAUGCUCUUUCGAUCUUGGAUCCGGAGACGGACUCGCCUUUGUCCUUCCCGUCGAUCCUGCCGGUACUGCGCCUGUCAUUUCCGGCUUCCUGGACACGUUUGCCCGUGACGUCGCCAUCUCAUACUCCGUUUCGGGAGUUAUCAAAUCAUGGACGGCCCGACUCAACCCCGACCAGCGGAAGUUAGAGUGGUUACUAACUUCCACCGUUGAAACCGGAGUUGACAAUCCGACCUUGGCGAGUGGUACCUCUAUCCGCAAGGCGGCACUCGUGGACUCAAACAAGACUGGCUUGACCAUCUGGAACACUCGGAGCGCACAACUCGAGCACGAGGAGCGCUUUGAAGCACAUGAGUCUAUACAGGAUCUUGAUUGGUCAUCGUCGCCAGACAACCAAAAUAUUUUGGCUGUCGGCUUUCCCCAUAGGGUAGUCAUAUAUGCGCAACUGCGCUAUGACUAUCUUAAUGCAGGGCCUUCCUGGGCUCCGAUACGCGAGGUCCGCAUCCGAGAUCUUACGCCACAUCCGAUAGGCGACUCGGUGUGGCUCGGCAGCGGCAACCUAGUGGUUGGUGCUGGUAACCAACUGUUCGUUCAGGAUGAGUGUGUCGAGGUCUCAGAAGGCUUGUUGCCUGAGGUCCGCCUUGUUGCAAGAGCAAAGCAUGAGCUUGAUUUAUUCACCCUGGUCAGCCGCUUGAACGGCCCGUUGCCGGUGUAUCAUCCGCAGCUGCUGGCUCAGUGCGUUCUAGCCGGGAAACUGUCGCUUGUGCAACGCAUCUUGGUCAGCUUAUACAAAGUGCUCAAGUUUUACACCGAAGGCGAUCCGUUUGAUACAUUCCUGGAGCUAACGCCGGAAGACUUCACGACUGAUCCAGAUGCACACAGGCAUGCAGCAAGAAAGGAAAUGCAAUCGUCCUACGCCGAUUUUUCAGAAUCCGAUGACGAGCCGGCUACGAUUACAGAGGAGACUGCGGUCGCUCUGAACGAGUUUUUGGCCAGCAAAUCCGUGCCGCAAUUGUCCAGCCGCGAGCAGUUCCACCUCGCGGACAUUGUUGAAUGUGUCGGUACCGUGGAAAAGCACCGACGCAGCAUCGACGACAACGGAUGCCGCUUCCUGUUGUUCUUCCGACAACACUACCUCAAGCACGGCAAACGUGACGUGCAAGAACCGAGGAUAUCAUGGAGGGAGAUUACUUGGGCUUAUCACAGUGGCAGCCAAGACAUUCUCAUGGAUCUCGUAAGCAGGCAUUUCCAGGCCAAGAUUGGUUGGAAACAAGCCAGGGAGGCCGGAAUCUUCAUGUGGAUGACGGAUCUGACAGCUCUUCGCACGCAAUUCGAAGUGAUUGCACGCAAUGAGUACACGAAGACCGAAGAACGCAACCCAGUCGAUUGCGCCCUAUACUACCUUGCACUCCGCAAGAAGGCUGUGCUUGUCGGCCUUUGGCGCAUGGCAACAUGGAGUCGCGAGCAACCAGCAACGCACCGCCUGCUGCAGAACAACUUCAAUGAUCCACGCUGGAAGUCGGCAGCGCUCAAGAACGCUUAUGCGCUCAUGGGCAAGCGGAGGUUCCAUUACGCGGCGGCAUUCUUCCUUCUCGCGGACCAUUUGCAGGACGCGGUGAGCGUUCUGUCGAACCAGUUGGAAGACGUGCAGCUGGCGAUUGCUGUGGCGAGGGUCUACGAAGGCGACGACGGUCCUGUGUUGAGAAAGUUUUUGACUGAGAGGUUCCUCCCCCGAGCAGUCAUGGAAGGAAACAGAUGGAUGGCCAGCUGGGCGUUCUGGAUGCUCGGCAAGCGCGACGUUUCCGUGCGAGCGUUAGUGACUCCACUGUCCGGUCUCCUGUCGCCGCCCGAAUCGCCUAAACUCCAAUCUAAACUGUUCUUGACCGACGAUCCUGCCCUUGUCGUCCUGUACCGUCAGCUCCGCGAAAAGUCGCUGCAGACGCUGCGUGGUGCGAUGACGGUGAGCCCACGCGCGGAGUGGGAGUUUGUGGUGCACACAGCGCGGUUGUACGAGCGCAUGGGCUGCGAUCUGCUGGCGCUGGAUUUGGUUCGCUCCUGGGAGUUCCUGGCUCAGCACCAGACGAUCGCGCCCCUGCCGUCGCAGAUGCAGAUGCCGUCGCACUCGGCGCGUCUGCAGGAUAUUGAUCCAAGGAAGCUGCUGAAGCGGCGGAGCAGCCUUGUGGUUGCGGAUUUACAUCCGGAGCAGCAGCAUAGCGUGAAGAGCAUGCUGGAUGGGUUUGCAGAGGAGAACGGGGGCGUCGUGUCGAACGGUGUUGGUGGUGGUGAGGGCAAGGUGGAUAAAGAGAAGGGUGGGGAGGUAGAUGGGAAGGCGGAGGAGAAGGAGAAGGCGAAGAAGGAGGAGAAGAAGAAGCCGCCGCCGACGCAGUUUAAGGAGCCGGAUGCGAAUAGUUUGUUGGAUGCUUUUGGUUUUUAGGAGAGGGUGUGUGCGUGCGUGGGAUGAUUACAACGACGACGACAGACUGUGGUCUGGCUGGGUAGUAUGUAAUGGCAUGGCGUGCGUUGCGUGUGUAAAGGUUGGUUAUUUUGGAUUGUGUAUGUGUUUGCGUGGUGUGUGGGCGUGAAGCUGGUUUUACUUAGGUACCUAUGUACUUACCUGCGUACAAACUGGUCUAUUCACUU